UGACGUUUCUCCCCAGUCUGUUCGCGAGGACCCCCGCAGGGCCGAACUGGCCGAACUGGCAAUGUUAGUUUUCACCGGGGGGGAAACCAGUUAUCCCCGAGUGUAGGACGUAGUGACCUGUUGGGAAGAUGAAAGUGGUCGUUUACGCGUUUUACGGCGGCGCUCUCGGUUGUCUCCUGCUGGCGCUGCGGGAGCUGUUCCUCGGCCUUGAGGAGAACCGGUGCAGCAUGACAUACAUGUUCGAGUACCCCGAGUACCGGCGUGUGCAACUCCCCCGGUAUGUAGCGCGGCAGUACCCAGCUUAUGGGCUCUACCUGUAUGGGGAAGGCGUGUAUGCUCAGGAGACACGGGGGCUUAAACUCACUGGAGCCCCCGUGCUGUUCUUACCUGGCAACGCAGGCAGCUAUAAGCAAGGUCGUUCUUUGGGUUCUGUGGCAUUAAGAAAGGCUGAGAACAUGGAGGGUGGGAUACAUUUGAAUGUCUUCACCAUCGAUUUCAAUGAGGAGCUGGUGGCUCUGUACGGUGGAGGCCUGCUCCGCCAGACACACUUCCUUCAUGAAAGCAUCAAGGUCAUCCUGCGCCUUUACAAGGACCGGCCAGACCCACCCCAAAGCGUGGUGUUGGUGGGUCACUCUAUGGGCGGCGUGGUGGCCCGUGCUCUGUUCACCCUCCCCGGCUUCAGCCCCGGCCUGGUCAGCCUGAUCCUCACCCAGGCCUCCCCUCACCAAGCCCCUGUGCUCUCUCUGGACCCCUACAUACUGGAGUUCUACUCCUCGGUGAGCCGACGCUGGAGCACAGAGGCAGAAGACCUCCGGAACGUCACUGUCCUGUCCGUGGGGGGUGGUUACCGUGACUACCAGGUGCGAUCUGGCUUGACUGCCCUGUCCUGCUCUGCUGACGACCCCAACAAGAUGGCUGUCGUGGUCACUGCUGUUCCCAGGACGUGGGUGUCUACGGAUCACUUGUCCAUUGUGUGGUGUAAGGAGUUGGUGCUGGCCACAGUCCGAGCUUUCUUUGACCUCAUAGAACCUGAAACUAGACAGUUCACAGAGGAUGCCGAGAAGAGGAGGUCUGUGUUGAGCCAUCACUUCAUUCAGCACACAGGACGGCUCCAAGCCCACCAGCUCAACCGGCCCAUCAGCUUCUCUGGUCUUCCUGAGUCAUGGAGUGAGGUUAACACGCUGCGUUUGAUCUACAGCGCCCCCAAAGAAGCUAAAGAGAAGUACUUUCUUUUUGUGCUGUCCAGCCGGAGGAAGGCGUACUCCCACUUUCACUGCCGCAGCAGUGACAUGGAAAUGUCCAGCUGGCUGUUUGGUUGCACAAAGAUGGACAAGUCCAUGUGUGUACAAGCAGUAGAUCUGUCAUGGAGAACAGAACUUCUUCCAGCUUACAAGGUUGUAACGGUGAAAUUGGGUGAGCUGUCUGCGAUGUCUCAUUUGGUCAUUGAUGCGUCAAAUCCCAGUGCGAGACAGUUUACUGUGGAGUGUGAAUGGCAGAGAGAGGAACGUCUGACCGUCCCCCUCUCUGUACCCCAUGUUUUGGCCUUUGGUUUAACAACAAGUGAUAUCACCAUUAACUCCUCUGGGCUGCUUCACACAAUACAGCUGAAACACUUUCACCAGGUUUACCAGGCUUUCAAAAUUAUAGUAACAAGCCACUGCAUGGCCACCAAAGACAGAUUGCCCAACAUCUACAGAAUAAAGGUCCCAUGGUUUCGAGAGGACUCCUUUGUCACCGCAGGCAUUCCCUCAGUUACUGAGAUGUCUGGCAUGCUACACACCAGUCGUCAUGACAACACCUCAAGCGCUCUCCUACAGCUCCAUACUUCCCCAAACUGUCAGUACAAGGUAUCCGUGCGAAGCUCCUUUUCCAAAGUGCUCGGACAGGUCCUGCGUAGCUGUGGUCCUGUGCUGCUCGUCUACACAGCAGCGGUGCUGCUGCUGGCCCUGAGGCGACAGCUGGGCUGCAUCAUCCAAACGGGCCACACGGUGGCCCUGAGGGAGGCGGCUGCUUCAGGCCUGCAGCCCCAUAAAGUGGAGCUGCCCAUCCUAAUCCUACACCUGUCUCUCAGACAGGGCUGGUUUCAAGAGGGCUGGACUGCUCUGGGUCUCCCUGAUGUAGACAUGCUGCCUCUAACCACCACAGAGGACAUAUCCCAGGAUGCAGCGGGAUCCUGGCAGUACUGGCCGCACCUGGUUUCCCUGUUGCUAUGUGUUCUUGGGGCAGCAGUUGCAUUCUGGGGGAGUGCUGUGCUCAGUGCGUCUGUGCAUAUGCUGUCUUUCCUCCUGGGUCCUCUGCACAGACCUUCAGUGUCUCGGCACAGUGGGACCCUUCGCCCCUCUGCUCAGAUCCUCCUCAUCCUCAGCCUCAUUGUGGUGGGUGGGGCAACCUGCGGAGCCCUAGCCAUAGCAGUCAGCUUUCUGAUCCAUCUUUACCGGGUGCUCAGAUUAAAGAUGACUGAGAGGUCACUCAGUUACAUGAUGAACCUGGCCCCCCAGAGAAUGGAACAGAACUCUGAUAAUGGCUACAGCGGUUCGGGACGACAGAAGAAAUUCAAAGAGUGCAAUGGUGGCUCCCUCCUGUCAAAGUCAGAACUGCUGGAUGUCAGAGAUGACCUGCAGCUACACCUGAGUUUGUCCACGCUGCUAACACUACCCAUGAUGCUGAGUGCACCCUCCCUUGUCUACUGGAGCCGUAACCUUAGAUAUUCUGUUCGCCUGGAUCCUGAUCCCUGGUGGCCAUACACAGUCCCUCUGCUUGUCGCCUCUGUACUCCUCACUAACUGCAGUACCAACACUCUGAGCCACAGUAAACUGAUGCUGGGCCUGACCUCUCGCCUGCUGCUUCCUCUGUCCGUUGCCAUGACGACCUUUUCUCCUCUUCACCUGUAUCGAGUCACUCACUUCGUCUCCGUUGCUCUUACCUUGUUAGUUACCUGCUGUCACAUUUGACCCCUCCUGAGCCCUUGACCCUACCCCUAACCUGUGUGUAGUCCUGGCUGAGGUUACAGCCACACCUGGGUCCAGCCUGACCAAACCACUGCCUUAGCCAUCCAUGCACCAUCUUGUGUCCUCAGUUGGAUUGUAGCAAUUCCAGUGUGAAUGUGUGUCUUAGAUUGUGCUAUUCAUCUGACAUUAUGACAACGUGUCUGACCAGGGUAAUUCAUCCAAAUGUUUUGGUGUCUCUGUUAACAAAUAUCCUAUCUUUUUUUUUUUUUUUUUUUUUCCCCAUUCAUGAAGGCUUAUGAUUGCUUCUGUGGUUUCUGUGCUGGACCGAAGAUAUGCAAAACUAACUGCUAGCUGUUAGCAUCACCUGCCUUUUGGUCAGUAUUGAAGUGUGUGAUUUGUGUUUCUGUGCCACUGGCCGUGUGACACCUGCCCCGUUUUCCUGUGUGGAGCUUUUGGAUGUGUGUGUAUACCUGCAUAUUUCCCUUGAUCUGCCAGCCCCAUCUCAGCCUUUAAUCACUGACUGUCCACUAAGAUUUUAUUUGUUUAGGUGAAAGCAUAUCUUUGUGUCAUAUAUUAAACAUCGUUAAUGAGCCACAUACCCUUCCUUGUGGCAGUGCAAGAAUUAAGAUAAUUACUGUAAUCCAAAAUGUUGGAUUUAUACCAGCAUUUAAGAAGAUUAAUAUUUUUGAAGUCGUAUAAUCACAGUGAAGAAUUAAUUAUAAUGUGCAAGAGGGGUAAAAUUUGCUCCUGCUGGCCUAGAGUGCGAGCCUUCAUCAGUGUAAUCUGGACUUAUUUUCCAUGCACUGUAAUAGCGCUUUCAUCCAUUUAUUUAUUUUAUUUUAUUUCUUUUUUUUCUUCAUUAUUGAAGCUUUUACAUUUAUUCACUGCAUACUCAUGAUUUUACAUUGUCUCUGCUGCAGAGUAAAAAGUUAUAAUUUUUUGUAAUUACAUGCAUGAUUAGUUUAGAUGUGUUGCCAUAAUUGACUCAUCGAUUCUCUUCACUGUUUGUGUGUGUGUGUGUGUGUGUGUGUGUGUGAGAAAUUGGGUGCCUGAGGGAAAUAUUGUGAGUUAGUUUGUGUGUGAAAAGCGAUAUGGUUUUAGUAAAUUAGCCUGUGGAGUUUGUGUGUGUUCACGCACUCUCCCUUUCUUCCACUGCUCAAUCGAAAACAUAACUGCGUCAGCUGCUGCUUCAGGACCUGUACUGUCACUGUGCUCGUAGCGUGUUUAGCAUAGAAUAGUUGGUAUCAGCUGAUCUUAAGUCAUUAAGUCCAAUCAGACAAAUCAAAUGACCAUCUAGUGCCUUUUGUCCUACCCUGUUCAUCCAUAAUGACACACUCCGCGUGGGGUGUAUGAUUGUCAGUCAGACCAGCAUUCUCCAACAACCCUUUGCCUAAAUGCUCAGAUGUAAAUGCCUCCAGGAAAAAAAAGAAAAAGAAAUUGAAUUUCUGUUCAUUGGACCAAGUUCCCUAAAGGCCAGUUUACAUUUAAGAUGUGCAGCCAUGUGCAUGCCAAAACCACCAACAGCCUUCUAAAACCAGGACAGUUUACACCAAAGCAACAAGCCGAAACUCACUAAACUGCUUGCAAUUUGCGGAACACCAAGCUCUCUUCAUUGGUAAUUUGUGAUUACUAUGUCAUAUUUAUUGUCAUAAAGCACCAUUAGUUAGCUAUGGUUAGCAAGUGUGGUUUAAGAAAAUGGUUAGCUAGCGUCAGAGCUGUUCUGUGGGUGAGCAGUAGUGGAAGAGCUACCCAACAGGAACCGAUCCGACCAUCUCCUAAACAUCGAGCUCUUGCAGCAUCUGGUGUGCAUAGCCUAACAUGAUUCUACUUAAUCCAACUUCAGUAAAAUCUCAGACCGUCUUUUUACUGAUGUGAAAUGUUUUUGAAAAUGCCAGCUCACAUGCUCAUCGGGCCCUUAUGCCCCAGGUUUGGUUACCCCUCAGUGACCGACCUGAGAGUCUCUAUUUGACAUCUUGCAGAGUCAUUCAUUUACUCCUCUCUUCUCUGCAACAGUUCUCUGCCACUUUUGUCUCGGUGCAAAUCUUAGAUGUAAACUGGCCCUUAUGAUGAAUGACACACCAGUGUGUCGCUUGCACUGUAAAUGUACCUACUGUGUGCGCGUGUACGUACGCGUGUUCUGUUUUAAUGUGUGUUAAUGUGUGUGUGCAGUGUUGCUCUGCCUCAUGCUAGAUGUGAGCCGUGAGCAGGUUCUUUUUCUAUCUUGUGAAAGUCUCUUAAAAAAAAAAAAGAAUAGUUUUUUAUGGAUAUGUUUGUUACUUUUCUUGGUGUACACCGUGAUGUGCUGUGAUUAUUUCGAGGCAAGAGACUGUAUUUACAAAGUUCCUCAAAGUUGAUUUGCUGAGCUCCAAUCAGGUCUGGCUAAGUCAUUGUUAGCAUUAUUUGCUGGAUGCAUACUAGGAGAAGUAACCACCCUGAAACGCUGUGAGGAUACAGCUUCUGGUUUGGCAGCAUGGUUUGCGAGUCGUACCAGUUCCUUCUCAGAGCAGGAACAUUGGUACUGCAAUUAGCUGUGCUGCUUCAGUUUGACAGCUAAAACUCUCCAACAUAUAAAGGAAGGUUCACCAGUUUUUCAAAUUUUUACAGAAUGUUUUUACCCCAGAUGUAUGCCAUUGGUUCAGCUGUGGUUUAGCAUGUUGGCAAGUUAGAAUUAUAGUGGUGGAUGUAACAUAAACGUCUCUGUGUAACUGAACUGCUUUAUGUGCCCUUUAGGUAAAAUAAUACUGUUACUUAAAGCCACAACCUUCCUGAAGUAUUCUUACACUUACCCAAGGAUUUGUGUUUAUAACAUUUUGUAAAAGUGGUGAACCUGGCCUUCAAAGUAUUUUUACUCCAUACUGAUAGCUUUAACUUCUUAAAGUACUACAGCGUAAAGCAAUAUGUCAGGUGUAUCGAUGUAAAGCUCCAAGAAUGUGAGUUUUGUGAUGGGAAGGAAACGUGGCGUGCACACAGAUCAACUGUGCAUGAACGUGUGAAUGAGAUGAACAGUGCCGUAUUCUGGGUCUGGUACAGUAGGGGAGUGCAGGAAAGCUCUCUUGGGUGUCUGUACGUGCUGCACUCUGUCGUGACCACCGAGGAAGCAGAGUAGGGUUGAGCCCACUUGCACUCUGCCAGUGCUGGCCGCUGGCCAUGGCGCUGACCAUGGUGCUAGUUGCUGUCCAUGGUGCUGGAUGGCAGCCAGUGCUCUGUUGUAUGCACGUAGGAUUGAGGCACAACAUCCCUCAACAGCCUGCCAUCCCAGUACCUAAGUAAAAUUACAAAUGUUUGUGGUGUGUCAGUGAGUGAGAGCUACUUUUUUUUUUAUGAGUGGGAGUAGAAUGUGAAAACCUAAAACGAUUCUUUUCAUAUCAGUUGGUGUGAUGCUAGACUGUAUGGGGUUGGGCGGGGGGAUUUUUUUAAUAACUUAAUUGUAGAACGCAGCUCACUGCCUUGGAAACCAAUAUGCUGUUGUUUCACUGUACAGUAACUGUACAAUCACAGUACAGGAGUGGCCAAAUCUGACAUGCUGAUGGCUAUAGCUAACUAAUCUGUAAUAUCCUGAAUGUAUGUAGUGUUUGUUUUAUAAAAAAGUUCAAAUCAGAAUACUUAAUCAUCCAAAUUUUCAUUUUCCUUUUUUUGUUAGACUUGGAUAUCCUUAUUUAAUAAUGAAUCUGAAAAUUUGGUAAGGUGGAUGAAAUUAACCUGCAUAUGUAAUUAGUCUACUUCUAAGACUUGCCCAUACAGUAUAGUAUUAAUGUGUUGUUCUUUUGAAAAAAAAUUAGACAGCUGAUAUAUGUUUAACAUUUUGCUUAAGAUGCUUUCUUAAUAAAAGUUUAUUUUCUGCUAACAAGUCCCUAUAACAGACCAUACAAAGUUGUACAUUAAUCUCUAUGCCACUGGCGUUUUUGUACUGAUGUGUGGUAAAGGAUCUGUGUAAGCUAUUAUACAUCUAUUAGGCUAAAGUUAAGGCAUUAGUGCUACAAUCACAAUAAACUGCAUUUUUUACACUUUUGUGGGGGUUUGGGGUGGAUGUAAACUCAAGAUUGAUCAAACUACAGCUCUUGUGAGUAUUGUCUGUUAGCUGGGCCUUUUAAGUAUUUAUUAGCCACUAAUUGAACAGUUGCUAGUUGUUGCACUCCAAUGUUGUAAACAUUGUCAGUAACUUAGUUGCAACUUGUAUUUAAGUACUUUUUUUUUCUUGCAAAGGUGCUUGACAAAGAAGUAUUGCUGUUUGCAUCCCGGAAAUUGCAGAUGCAUUGCUAGAUAGAUUUGAUUUGCACAUUAUAGGGGAGAAUCUGAGGAUUUUGCCAGGAUCUGCUAUUAACAUGUGCUUAUGAUCACAGAAAUCAUAAAAUGCCACAAAAGGUUUCAAAUUUAAACAUGUAGAGGCUGUAAUCAGAUAAUAUAGGUGCAGCAGCAUGAGCUCAGCAGGUUUAUAUGAUGAUCAAUUCAACAUUUGUAAUUCUCAGGAUUAAAAACAUUGUUCAUUGUUUUGUUGAUGGCCUUUGAUUUUUUUAUAUGUUCAUAAUUUAACUAUCAUGAAAUGUGUGCAGUUUGUGAGAGAUAUUGAUGUUAAAAUAAAAAUGAUGAGAGAUUGCA